GGAUUACAGGCUUGAGCCACUGUGCCUGGCCCUCUGUUUGACUUUCUAUGAGAAGUAACUUUUCUGAAUAAGGCUGGGGAGGGUUCGAGGAGAUUUUAAAAAGUGCUGUGUUUACUAGUCUUUGUACUAGCCCGCAGAUGCAUGGUAUAAAACAGCCCCCAACAAGAGGGAGUAUCCCUACUACAGUUGCUAAAGAAGUGAGAAUUGAGGCUAUGGUCUCUUUCCAUUGACCAAUCCAUCUCUCGAGCCAAUUUGAAAUAAGGUUGUAAAUGUCGGAAUUUUUUUGCUAACUCAUUCGAUGAGGCAGUAAGCCCUUGGAGGGCUUGUGUUAUGUUUCCAUUGGAAGCAGUGUUGUUUGGGAGAAAGGUGCAACACUGAGUUUUGAUCAUAACACAAACACCACCUUUUCCUGCUAAUAUCGUAUCUAAAGCUAUCCUAGUCUCCCAGGCCCUUUGACUAGUGGAUCUUAAUUGUUCAGCUAUUCCCUUAACAGCAUCUUUUGGAGAGUUAACCAAAUGCUGCUGGUGGUAAUAAAUGUAGUUUAUCCAAUCUACAUUUUUAUUAUUUGUUACCCACCAAAACAACAUUGACUCAAACCCUGUAGCUAUUUGAUUCCUGGCUUUAAAUUUUUCUGGUGCUCCAUGAGGAACUCCAAUGGCAUCUAAAUAGAUAUGGGAAUCAAAAGACCCAUAAGGGGCUGCUUCAUUUGGGGCUUCUCUUAUCUGCCUAUGGCGUGUUUUUCUCUCUCUCUGGUUGAUGAAAUGCCAGGGUAAAAGGGUUAGCCAAGUGAACUAGAGCAACAGUACCCUUCCAUUUGUUUGGCAGAGUGUCCAGUAAAGGCCCUCCACAAUACCACCAUGCAUCUGCUCGGGGAUGAGUAAGGGUGGACUGAUGGGUCGGCUUUUGGCAGUACCUGACUUUACUGCAUUCUGUUAAGUUUCCAAGGAACACUAAGUUAUCCCCCUGUCAUGAGAGACACGAGGUGAACUUUGCCUUGGGAGAUGGAGGCUGUAUGGCCCUCGGGGGCUGAUUCGCAAGGUGUUGAACUUCAGGAAAUAGCAGAGAAAGAGCUUGGCACAGUUCACUAUCCCAGGUGGUGGAAUCUUGAAAAAAAGCUACCAUGUACUCCAUGUCUGCUUGAUUCGAGGACCAUCUAAGUGGAAAGGAAACAAUCUGGGCGUCAGGUCUACAGUGUGCACAAGCGUAACACUUGCUUAUUUAAAGUGCAGAUGGAAUAUUUAUUCUAACUAGACAUUUGCAUCUUGGUAUCCUGUUUCAAUAGCUACGGUCUGUCUUAGGUCUUUUACUUCUACUACAGAAAUACUGGGUUUGUCAUUGUGCCGGGGAGGAGUGAUUGAUAAAGAGAUUGAAGGAGCAAUAAAACAUAUUUCAAAGAUUCCUUUAGGAUCUUUUCCUGAAACGUCAGCUCCUGUGCCAUAAAUAUGUCGUAAUGAGGGAGAAGAGUUUUUAGAUGUUGGACAGCAUGAGCCCACCUUGUAUGGAAGUUAAAUCCUCUGUCUUCUGAAUUUCAGGACGUGAGGCUCUGUCUACAGUCAGCAACUUGGAAUAUUCAGACUUCAAACCAGCAUUGCAGACUAUAACCCUCCAUAAAUCACCCACAGCCCAGCUCCUAUCAAAUGCCAAACUGAAACACUCAUGGACAUGUGACUUCGGUGUUCCCAACAUCUUAAGAUCAAGUUGGUUUAUGCAACCUUUGUAUCUAUUUGGGACAAAGCAAGAACAAUAAGGGUAAAAAAGUGAAAAAAAAAAAAGAGCGAUUCCUGAGUAAUUGCAAAUGCUGGGAGAGUUUACCACUCCAGGGUGAAGAGUCUGUACCAACAUGUCUGCCUACUACAGGAAUAACGGGUUUGAGGAAGACCCAGAUUACCUUGACUAUUCAAGGUCUCCGAACCGUACACAAGGGUAUUCGAAAACUCAGGGUUAUCCAGAUGCUCUGGGUCCUUCAAACAAUCCACACAACUCCGGCACCAGGAACAAUCCAUACUCUGUAGACUCCAGAGCACGUCCAGACUAUCCUGGAUCUCUGAGUAAUCCAGACUAUUCUGGAACCAGAAGUGAAGCAUACUCUUCAGCCUCUAGAACAAGCCCAGACCAUCCUAUCUCUCUACCAGAGCCAGAUUAUAGUGAAUUUCAGAGUCAUCUGUACCACCGACCAUCAUCCAGACAGCCAGACUACCCUGGAUCUCAACGAAAUCCUGAUUUUGUAGGCUCCAGCAGCAGUGGAAACUAUGCAGCCUCCAGAACACAUCCAGAUUAUUUUGGCUCCUUAGGAAAACCGGACUACCCUGGAGCUCAGAGCAACUCUGAUCAUCCUGGACCCAGGGCCAACUUGAACCGUCCAGGCUCCAGAAGGAAUCUAAAACAUAGAGGUUUCAGAAUCAAUCCAUACACAGAUUCUCUGGGAGAGCCUGAUUAUCCAGGUGCUGAGAUUCAACCUAACUCUCCACCCUUUUUUGGGGAGCCAGACUAUCCGGGAACUGAGGACAAUCAGAACUCAUCAAGUGCUUGGGGAGAACCUGACUAUUCAGAUGCUGAGAAUGGUCAUGAUUAUGGCUCUUCUGAGACCCCAAAGAUGACCAGGGUGGUGCUCAGCAGAACAUCUUCAAUCCAGCCGUCAUUUCAUCCCAGGAGCAAUGGCUUCUUGGGCAACCUUUGGGGAGAGAAUGAAGAUCACCCUGAAAGCAUUGAAAUGACAUCCAUGGAGAUGGCAAACUCAUAUGGGCACUCUCUGCGAGAUGCUCCUGGAAAUGGCUAUGGUCAGAAGUUAAUUGCAUCUCUCAUACCCAUGACAUCCAGAGACAGAAUUAAAGCCAUCAGAAACCAGCCAAGGACCAUGGAAGAGAAAAGGAAUCUUAGGAAAAUAGUUGACAAAGAAAAAAGCAAACAGCCUCAUCAUAUCCUUCAGCUUAAUUGCUGUGUUCAGUGUCUGCACUCCAUUUCACAGGCUUAUCGGAGAUCCAAGGGCAGCCUGUCAGAAAUUCUCAAUUCCAUCAGCCUGUGGCAGAAGACGCUGAAAAUCAUCGGAGGCAAGUUUGGAACCAGCGUUCUCUCCUAUUUCAACUUUCUGAGAUGGCUUUUGAAAUUCAACAUUUUCUCAUUCAUCUUGAACUUCGGCUUCAUCAUAAUCCCUCAGUUUACCAUGGCCGAAAAGAACACCCUCCAGUUCACUGGGUUGGAGUUUUUCACUGGGGUGGGUUAUUUUAGGGACACAGUCAUGUACUAUGGCUUUUACACCAAUUCCACCAUCCAGCACGGGAACAGCGGGGCAUCCUACAACAUGCAGUUGGCCUACAUCUUCACUAUCGGAGCGUGCUUGACCACCUGCUUCUUCAGUUUGCUGUUCAGCAUGGCCAGGUAUUUCCGGAACAACUUCAUUAACCCCCACAUUUACUCCGGAGGGAUCACUAAGCUGAUCUUUUGCUGGGACUUCACUGUCACUCAUGAAAAGGCCGUGAAGCUAAAACAGAAGAACCUUAGCACCGAGAUAAGGGAGAACCUGUCAGAGCUCCGUCAGGAGAAGGCCAAGUUGACAUUCAAUCAGCAGCUGACCCGCUUCUCUGCCUACGUGGUGUCCUGGGUUGUCUCUACAGGAGUGGCCAUCGCCUGCUGUGUAGCCGUUUAUUACCUGGCUGAGUACAACUUAGAGUUCCUGAAGACACACAAGAACCCCGGGGCGGUGUUGUUACUGCCUUUCGUUGUGUCCUGCAUUAAUCUGGCCGUGCCACGUAUCUACUCCAUGUUCAGGCUCGUGGAGAGGUACGAGAUGCCGCGGCACAAAGUCUACGUUCUCCUGAUCCGAAACAUCUUUUUGAAAAUAUCAAUCAUUGGCAUUCUUUGUUACUAUUGGCUCAACACUGUGGCCCUGUCUGGUGAAGAGUGUUGGGAAACUCUAAUUGGCCAGGAAAUCUACCGGCUUCUUCUGAUGGAUUUUGUGUUCUCUUUAGCGGAUUCCUUCCUGGGGGAGUUUUUGAGGAGAAUCAUUGGGAUGCAACUGAUCAAAAGUCUUGGAGUCCAGGAGUUUGACAUUGCCAGGAAUGUUCUAGAACUGAUCUAUGCACAAACUCUGGUGUGGAUUGGAAUCUUCUUCUGCCCUCUGCUGCCCUUUAUCCAAAUGAUUAUGCUUUUCAUCAUGUUCUACGCCAAAAAUGUCAGCCUGAUGAUGAAUUUCCAGCCUCCAAGCAAAGCCUGGCGGGCCUCACAGAUGAUGACUUUCUUCAUCUUCUUGCUCUUUUUCCCAUCCUUCACCGGGGUCUUGUGCACCCUGGCCAUCACCAUUUGGAGAUUGAAGCCUUCAGCUGACUGUGGCCCUUUUCGAGGUCUGCCUUUCUUCAUUCACUCCAUCUACAGCUGGAUCGACACCCUGAGUACACGGCCUGGCUACCUGUGGGUUGUUUGGAUCUAUCAGAACCUCAUUGGAAGUGUGCACUUCUUUUUCAUCCUCACCCUCAUUGUGUUAAUCAUCACCUACCUUUACUGGCAGAUCACAGAGGGAAGGAAGAUUAUGAUCAGGCUGCUCCAUGAGCAGAUCAUUAAUGAGGGCAAAGAUAAAAUGUUCCUGAUAGAAAAGUUGAUCAAGCUGCACGAUAUGGAGAAGAAAGCAAACUCCAGCUCCCUUGUUCUGGAAAGGGGAGAGGUGGAGCAACAAGGCUCUUUGCAUUUGGGGGAACAUGAUGGCAGUCCUGACUUGCGAUUUAGAAGAUCCGUUCAAGAAGGAAUUGCCCAGAAGGAAAUCCAAGCCUUUAGCCAGGAGCGGAAACUGACUACAGUGUAAAGAUCAACGUAAAAUUGGGCGUUCUGUGCCAUUUUUUACGCCUGGAUUGCUGAUUUUUCAAGACAAAAUACUUGGGGUUUUCCAAUAAAGACUGUUGUAAUGUUGAAACGAGCCUACAAAAACCUAGGAAGAAAUAACUAGGGAAUAAUAUAUUUUAUCUUCAAAAAAUGUGUGCAUGAUUGGUUCUUAGGAAUCUCACCUGCCAGACUUCCCAGACCUGGCAAAGGUUUAGGAACUGUUAAGAAUAGUGGUCCAGCCUGAAUAAACAUGCAAUCCCUAAGCAGGGAUGUGAAGCCUG